AUGGCCUCCAUCAAGAAGAACGCCAAAGUUGUUUACCCAGGACUAGAAGCAAGCUCAUUGAUCACUGAACGUACACUUAGUUAUGGAUCAAUCGAUGAGCUGAGUCCACUGGAGCUAGAACGGUUAUUAGCAACCACACAAGAAAUCACUUACAAAUCUCAAACGAUUCAUAUCCAUUCCAAAAAUUGGCGGCACUCAACUUAUCUGAAAUGUCAAGUUUUAGCAUGUUUCCUCAAUAUGUUUUUAAUGGGGAUGGAUGGUCAAACUAUAGGUUCUUUGAUCCCUACACUCUCUGAAUAUUAUCAACAACAUGAUUUUAAUAUCUCAUUUGUGUUCAUAUUACAAUUUUUGGGGUAUACUUCAAGUGCGUUAUUCAUGGAUAAGAUUCAUAGAAGGAUAGGAAGACGCGGUGUGCUAAGUUUGGGAAGUUUUUUAGUCUGUCUUACGUCUGGCAUCAAUGCUACUAAACCUCCGUUUAUAGUGUUCGUUGGGGCUUAUCUGUGCUCAGGAGUGGGUGGUGGGUUGAUGGAUGGGUGUAUGAAUGUUUUCAUUAGCUCUUUAGUGGACCACAAUGAAUUGAUGGGUAUUUUACAUGGUUCUUUUGGGAUAGGUGGUAUUGUGGUUCCUAUAAUGAUCAGUUACUUACUCAAAUGGUUUGAUGGAGACUUUAAGGUCCAUUAUUUGACCAUGUGUGGGUUGAAUUUGUUCUCUUGUGUAUUUUCAUUGAUGUCUUUCAAAAAUGAAACUAGUGUCAAGUAUGAAUAUGAAGUCAGUUUAGAAGCCAAUGAUGAGUGUCAUGAAGAAACAAGCUUGAGUGUGAUUUUGAAGAAUAAAACAGUUUUGAUCUUUUCAUUGUUUCUGUUUUUAUAUACUGGAUCAGAGACUUCAAUUUCUUCAUGGUUGGUUAGUUAUUUGAUCAAGGUUAAGCAUUUAAAUCAACUUAGCUCAAGCUAUGCAAUCUCUUGGUUCUGGAUAGGUAUCACUGUUGGUAGAGUAACAUUGGGAUUCAUGACAUCAAGGCUUUUUCUGAAUGAAUAUAGAGCCAAUGUUUUCUAUACAGCGAUGGCAUUGAUGGUUUAUUCAAGUUAUACCACAUUCACUUUGAUGAUAACAAGUUAUCAAAUUUCAGCGUUUAGUGAGUUAACAGAUACCUUGAUGUUUGUUGAAGGAUUAUUCAUGGGUCCUCUUUUCCCAACUUCAACAGUUGCAUUGAUGAAACUAUUACCUGUUAAUCUUAGAGUUGGUUCAAUGGGUGUCGUUGCCACGCUGAGCGGUUCAGGAUCUGCUCUUUUCCCUUUUUUCAUAGGAACAAUCACCCAUUUGACAAAGUUGGAUUAUUUGCCUAUUUAUAUUUGCUUCUUGACUGCAGGUUAUUUGGUUAUUUGGUUAUCAAUCCCAAAAUCAUGUUCGUUUAGCUAG